AAGAAAAAGUCAUCACUGCUGGGGAAGAUAUUGAAGAAAACAAGAAUAAGAUUGAAGAAUUACAGAAACAACUAGAAACCCUGGAGAGUGAUGCUACCACUGUACUGAAGGCUUAUAAAGAGGCCCAGGACAAGAUGAAGGAGUCAGAGGUGAUUCUAAAUGAAGUCCGGGCUGAGAUUAGUAAACUGGAGAAAGAUGAAAAUGAGCUCCAAAAAGACGUGGUGGAUGUACGCCAUGAACUGGAGCGGAUUGAGGGCAUCGUUAAAAGCAACAAACUCAAAGUCAAACACUGGAAAAAAGAGAUGAGUACGUUGUCCUUGACACCAAUUGAUGGUAAAGAGACGGGGGAAUUAACAGAGCUGUCCCCUGAGGCUCUGAAGGACAUAGAUAAGGAGGGGGUGCAGUACGAAAUCACAGUGCUGGAGGAAAAACUGGCGCAAAUGAAACCCAACAUGGCAGCUAUUGCAGAGUAUCGCAAAAAGGAAGAGUUGUACCUACAGAGGGUAGGGGAACUAGACAAGAUAACAGAACUCAGGGACCAUCAAAGAAAGUACUUUGAGGAGCUACGUAAGCAGAGGCUGGAUGAAUUCAUGGCAGGAUUCUCGGUCAUCACCAACAAACUCAAGGAGAUGUACCAGAUGAUCACACUCGGGGGAGACGCCGAGCUGGAGCUCGUGGACUCACUCGAUCCUUUCUCAGAGGGAAUUGUGUUCAGUGUUCGUCCUCCUAAGAAGUCGUGGAAGAACAUCUCUAACCUGUCGGGGGGAGAGAAGACCCUGAGUUCCUUGGCCCUGGUGUUCGCCCUCCAUCACUAUAAACCCACCCCCCUGUACGUCAUGGACGAGAUUGAUGCUGCCCUUGACUUCAAAAACGUAUCCAUCGUCGCUAAUUAUAUCAAGGAGAGGACAAGGAAUGCCCAGUUUAUAAUUAUCUCCCUGAGAAACAACAUGUUUGAGUUGGCCGACAGACUGGUGGGAAUAUACAAGACGGACAAUUGUACCAAGUCUGUGACUGUCAACCCAAAUAACCUGGUUCUGCCCCUCCAGGAGGUGAACGCCAAUGGCUGAGGGGCAGAUUCUUCUCUGUGGGGGUCGAUCAACAGGGGCCCCUGUCAGUGGUGACAAUAAGACAUUGGUCUCAAGAGACUAGAUUGCAAGAUAGAAAGCAUAUAUCUUGUAAAGAAGUUACUUUUCCUGGCGGUGGAAUGGAAAAAAUAAAUAAUAGAUAAGCAGAUGUACAUAAGAUCAUUUUUAACAAAAUAAGCUGAACUGAGAUUUUUAUAAGAACCACUGUUCCCUCCAUUUACCACAAAUGUGUUCAUCAUUGAUUUUGCAUACAUUUUUAGCACCAAGACUAUAAUAUAUAUUCU